AUGUCUCGGAACAUUCCCCGCUCCUCGCGAUCCACACGAAGAGCCACCAAGAAGUCUUCCAGGGCAACGUCCGUGGCCAGCGGCGGCGGUGGCAGAGGACUGCACAGAUACAGGGCCGAGAGUGAGGAAUCGGACUCGACGGAGAAGGAGUCUUCGUCGGACGAGGAGGACCGCUGGAAGGACACCAAUCGAGCCAAUGAUCUGCCCUCGGAGUAUUGGCACAUCCAGAAGCUGGUGAAGUACAUCAAGGCGGGCAAUCAAACGGCCACCAUCGUCGCUCUGUGCUGCCUCAAGGACUACGAUCUCACCACGCAGAUCAACCAGCUGGCCAUCCAAGACAUUGGCGGCCUGGAAGUGCUUGUGAACCUGCUGGAGAGCAAUGACAUCAAGUGUCGCCUUGGCUCUUUGACUGUCCUCUCGGAGAUUUCCCUGAACACCGACAUCCGGCGGACUAUUGUGGAUCUGGGCGGCAUUCCUCUGCUCAUUCACAUCCUCAACGAACCCAUGCGAGACCUCAAGACGAUGGCCGCAGAGACAAUAGCCAAUGUGGCGAAGGUGAGACUGGCCAGGAAACUGGUCAGGAAGUGCGACGGAAUCCCUCCGCUGGUGGAUCUCUUGGAUGUGCCCAUGAAGUGUCUGAAGAGCGCCUGGGAGAACCUCAAUGAGGAUGAGAGAGCUGUGCUGACCAUGGCAAAGGCUGGAGCCAGAGCUCUCUGGUCGCUGUCGGAAUCGCGCCACAACAAGGAACUCAUGAGGCGCUUCGGGCUCGUUCCACUGAUGGGAAAGCUCCUCAAGAGUGACCACAUAGACAUCGUGGUGCCUAUCAUGGGCACUGUUCAGCAGUGCGCUUCUCAGCCCAGCUAUCAACUUGCCAUUACGACCGAGGGAAUGAUUUCGGAUAUCGUGAGCAAUCUCAAUUCGCAGAAUCUCGAGCUGAAAAUGCAGUGCAGCUCGGCGAUUUUCAAGUGCGCCAGUGACAAAGUGGCCAGAGAUAUGGUGAGAGAGGCUGGCGGUCUGGAUCCGCUCGUGUCCAUCCUGAAGGACAAGAAUGUGAGGGAGAAUAAGCCUCUUCUGGCUGCCGCCACGGGAGCGAUUUGGAAGUGUGCCGGAUCGGAUGCGAACAUGAAGCGCCUGGAUCAGCUGAAGACCAUCACGAUUCUCGUGCAACUGCUGACGGACGAGAAUGACGAUGUCCUGACAAAUGCUGUGGGAGGAAUUGCAGAGUGCGUGAAGUUCCCCAAUAAUCGUGAGACUCUGAGGACUUCCGGAGGAUUGCCUUUGCUGGUGGACUUGCUGAAUGCCACCCACCCACCGAUGCUGGAGAAUGUGGCGAAAGUGCUGAGAGAAUGCGCCCAAGAGCCUGAAAGUAUGAAGAUUCUGGAGGAACUGGACGCCAUAAGAUUGCUGUGGUCUCUGCUGAAGAAUCCCAAUCCCUAUGUGCAGGCCUACGCGGCCUGGGCAAUGUGUCCGUGCAUUGAGAAUGCCCACGAAUCCGGAGAACUGGUGAGGAGUUUUGUAGGCGCGCUGGAACUGGUUGUGGGACUUCUCAAGUCAAAGGACAAUCUCGUCUUAUCCGCCGUUUGUGCUGCCAUCGCCACAAUUGCCAAGGAUAAGGACAACCUGGCGGUUCUUUCGGAUCACAAAGUGAUUUAUAUGCUGGCAGAAUUAGUGCACACGACAGAUGAUAUGCUGAGGGAGAAUCUCGCCGCUGCCAUCGCCAGCUGUGCUCCGUAUGGAAACAACACUCACGAGUUGGGGCGGUUGAAGACUGUGACGCCAAUUGUGGGUUACAUGGUCAGCGCCAGUCCCAAAGUGCAUCGCACCACGGCAAUGGCGCUGGAGAAACUCUCUGAAGAUCCCCAGAAUUGCAUCACGAUGCACCAAAGCGGUGUUGUGCCAUUCCUGCUGGAAACCGUCGGCUCGCGGGAUCGUGUUCUCCAGGAAGCCUCCGCGGGAUGCUUGCAGAACAUCAGGAAACUCGCGCUCAGGGCUCAGGAGCAUCUGCUGCGCAUCGAGCUGUGA